AUGAAGCAACAGAUGCCGACCAAGGGCAAACCAAUGCUGCCACACAAGAAGAAACAGCAGCAACGUUCUCUAUGGUCUAAGAAGGAGCUUAUGAACUAUCUCGUCAACCACCAAAUAGAGGCGCCGCUUCGAGUCAUUACUGCCAUCGUUGCUGGUUACUUCCUCGGGUUGCCGCUCGUUGACAAGUUCAUGUUUAUUUCCAACCAACGUCCGGAUGGUCGAUUUGAAAAGAGUCCAUGGGAUAUCACCUUCCUCAUGUUUUACAUUUGUGUCUUCACGGCUCUUCGAGCGGUUGUCAUGAAUCACAUGCUCAUCCCCCUUGCCAAGGCUGCUGGCGUGUCCAAAAAGAAGUAUCAGCGUUUUGCUGAACAAGGUUACUCAUGCUUGUACUACUCGAUCAGCUUUUCUUGCGGUGCUUACAUCAUGUAUCAUUCGCCUUGGUAUGAUGAUACUACUUACUUUUGGCGCGAUUACCCAGUGACCGAUUAUGACAAGAUCUUCAAGUACUAUUACCUUGUGCAGUAUGCAUUCUGGCUCCAGCAAAUCUUUGUCCUUCAAAUUGAGGCUCCUCGCAAAGACUACCGUGAAUUGGUGCUCCAUCAUAUCAAUACCUUGCUUCUUAUCUUUUUCAGCUAUGGAUGCAACUUUACUCGUGUCGGCAAUGCAGUAUUCGUGUACAUGGACCUUCCUGAUGCUAUCUUGGCUUUGGCCAAACUUCUCAACUAUUCGCUUCCUGGCAUGGUGUGCAACUUUACAUUCGUUGUCAUGUUGGUAUCAUGGAUGUACACGCGCGUGUACUUGUAUGGCGGCGUCAUUUGGUCUACCUUCACCGAACCUGAUCUCUAUGUUCCCGAAUUCAAGUUGGAUCCACUUAAUGGCAAUUGGUUCCCAUACUUUGUAAAGUACAUCAUCCUGGGCCUUAUGUUGGGACUCUACAUCUUGGUUCUUUUCUGGACCGUCAUGAUUUUCAAGGUGCUAUACCGCGUUGUUACAAGUACGGCUGCUAGCGAUGUGCGAUCGGAUGAUGAGGAAGAAGAGGAACCAGUUGAACCAGUUGCUGUUGGUAAACCUCGUGAAAACAUGGCUGAUCUCACCAAGCGUCGAGCCGCUAAUUCCAACUAA